UAGAUUUUUCGCGGCAACGCGCGUGAGUGACUGCGAAACAGUUGAAAAGGUGGUCUCGCAUCGGAGUAGUUCGACGGAAUAAUCAACAGGCGAUUCGAGUGCUCGAGGACGAGAUUUCUUGGACGCGGUGUAAUAACGCCCUAGUACAAAAAUGAGCAAAGUCAAAGAUUCACCUACGGUGGACAAUGAAACAGAAGAGGAGUUCAGUGUGGAGAAAGUUUUAGAUAGAAGAGUUGUGAAGGGAAAGGUGGAAUAUUUCCUAAAAUGGAAGGGAUAUUCCAAUGAUGAAAAUACGUGGGAACCGGAAGAAAAUUUAGACUGCCCGGAUCUUAUUGCACAGUUUGAAGAACAGCGAAAGAAGAAGGAGGCAGCGGCGUCAGGAAAACGUUACGAGGAAAAGGAACAGAAAAAACGAAAAAGCGCCAGCACACCGACGCCUACUCAAGCUAAGAAGAAGUCUGUAGUAGAAGAAAAGAAGCCGGAAGGUAAAGGAGGAUUUGACAGAAAUCUGGAACCCGAACGUAUCAUCGGUGCGACAGAUUCCAGUGGCGAGCUGAUGUUCUUGAUGAAAUGGAAAGGAACGGACGACGCCGAUUUAGUUCCCGCGCGCAUUGCCAACGAGAAAUGUCCACAGAUUGUAAUUAAGUUUUACGAGGAACGACUUACAUGGCACAGCCCUACCCAUGACGAGGAAAACUCCACCAAACCUGAUCCAGAGUAGCGUCCAGUUUACAGAUACACAUAUACCGCUCGCUUUAGGAUAUAUCGCAUUUAGCGAUGUUUUUUAACUGCGCGUUAAGAAAGAGGAAACAAAUGAACAUCUUACAAAGUUGUCAUUGCACGUACUGCAAAUAUAAAAUAGAUUUAACAUUUUUUUACAAAUCUCAGAGACUUACUAAGCGAGCUGUCACAGUCGUGUUGUACAUCAGAUGUAUCAGAUGGCUAUUUUUUAUCUAUGUGAAAGACCUAUUUUCCCUUCUACUUUCUUCUAAUUUUGUAUCCUAUGUACAUAAUGUUGCUGAAAAUUUUUAAGUAACAAGUAAUGCAAUGGAACGUUUAAAUAAUUGUUUAGACUAUAUUGUUUUACAUGUAUUACAUUUUAAUUACAGCAUAUAUUCAUGAAAUUUGGAAUUUGUAUAGCAUGUAUAUCUUAAGUAAUUGAGAGUGCUGUUAAAAAUCUAGAAGGUAAAUGGGUAAUUCGUGUAGAUAUAAUAGUAUUUAACAUUUGUGUUGAUAUUUGAUAAGGACAAAACAAUUUUGAUCUAAUUUUUCAAAGACCUUGUCAUUUAGAAAUUCCCUUGAAAAAAUUUUAAUGAUAUUCAAAGACACAAAGAGGAGUCUGUUAUAUAAAUAUUUUGAAAUAAACUAUAUAAUUAUUCAAAAGUUCAUUUGAAUAAUAAUUCAAAGAUAAUAGCUUUAUGUACAUUAAUAAAUAGUGACAAAAUAUCAAUUGUAA